AUGAUGCAGCAGUCCCUUAACAAAUACUCACAGUAUUCAUUUUCCAUUUACUAUGGUUCUAUCAUUUUUGUUCUUUUGACUAUAUAUUUGAGUACCUGUAAUACAAUCCUUGGUACCGAAAGGUCCAAGCUCGUAGUAGCUUUUCAGGCUCCUUGCAAUAUCUCUCAUCCUUUGAGUGUGCAAAGGUUAACCUCGGCUUUAGAGACUGCCAUCAAUAAAGUCAAUGCAAAUCCAUCUUAUCUAUACUACUACAAACUGGAGUAUGUAUAUGGCGACUGCAGUUGUGAUGCUAAGAAGUCCCUCCAAGCUUUCAUCAAUCAAGUUCAAAAUGAAAAUAUUUCUGCCUUGUUUGGGCCAGUUUGCUCAGAGGCUGCCGAGGUUACAGGAUUGCUUGCUUCUCAAUGGAAUAUUCCCAUGUUUGGGUUUGUUGGCCAAACAACUAAGCUGAGAAAUUCAUUUUUUUAUGACACUUACAUCAACCUUGUCUCACCAGUGUACCUGAUAGGAGAAGUACUGCAUAAAACUCUUCAAUAUUUUGGGUGGAAAUAUGUUGGUCUCUUUGGAAGUUCAUAUGAUGCAUUUACAUGGGGUGAAACAGAGGAAUUAUGGACAAGUAUAGAAAACCAACUCAAAUUCAAUAUAACCAUCACAGUGAAGGUGAGAUACAACACAAAAAAUCAAAGCCUCCAUGAAGAGAAACUGAACUAUAUAUCAUCUGUUGCCAGAAUUAUUGUUUUAAUCUGCAAUCCUUUGGAUGCAAAAUACAUUUUGUUACAAGCCAAAGAAUUAGGUAUGACAAACGGACCAUAUGUGUUCUUUGUUCUGCAACGAUUUGAGGUCUACUUUUUGGAAGAGACUUGGAAUCAUGAAAACACCAGCAUCUUAGAUGCUUAUCAGUCUGUUUUCUUAAUAGCUCUAAGGUCUUACAGGGAAUAUAAGAACUACUCUUAUUUCAUGAAGGAGCUCUAUGACAAGCUAAAGGAAAGGCAGCCCUCUUACAAUUUAUUUUCUUUACAAGAAGAGUUAAAUUCUUAUGCCGCAUACCUUCAUGAUGCUGUUUUGCUUUAUGCAUCAACUGUAAAAGAAAUGUUGGAAGACAAAAAGGAUUUCCUUGAUGGAAGGGCAUUAAUCAACACUUUAAAAGGCUAUAAUAAAACCCUUCUGUAUGGCAUCACUGGUCCUGUGUACAUUGAUGAAUUGGGUGAAAGAAAAAUGGAUUAUUCUGUGUAUGAUCUUCAGGAAUCUGGAAAUUCUACUCACUUCAUUCCUGUUCUUAAUUUUGAUACCUACAGAAGAACAUUAAGUCCCACUAUAGAAGUUAACUAUAUUGGUUGGUCAAACGGAGAAAUCCCUAAAGACAAACCAGUUUGUGGAUUUCACAAUGAGCACUGUAAAAUUCAAACUACCAAAGCUACAGCUCUGAUUAUUAUGAUCAUUCUCCUGGUAAUAACCAUAUUGGGGACCAUAGGUGCAACAAUAUUUAUGAAGAUCUAUAAAGGCAACUUUCAAAAGCAAAUCAGUGAUUCUGGAUGGAGAAUUAACUAUGAGGACAUCAGUUUUCUUAAUAAUAAUAAGGAAAAAUGUGAUCUGCCUCAAGCAAGCACAUCAGAACCUGAACAAACUGAAAAUGUUGGGGCUCAUUUGUUUAUCUCCAGUAGCAAUUAUUCCUCACUGAAAGACAAACAAGGAAAAGAAGAUUUUUUCACUACAGUAGGAUUGUAUCAGGGUAUUCUUGUUGCUGUCAAGUUCAUUGAUAACCAAACAGAUGCCUUGGUUUGGAAACCAUCAGUUUUUCAAGAAAUUCAAAUGAUGAGAGAAUUGAGACAUGAAAAUCUGGUGAUCUUUUUUGGAAUAUGUCCAGAAGUUCCAAAUAUCUGCAUUGUAAUGCAUUAUUGUAAGAAGGGAAGUCUAAAAGAUGUUUUGUUACAUUCUACUAUUGAACUGGAUUGGAUUUUCAAAAUCUCUUUUGCCUAUGACAUAGUCAAUGGUAUGUUCUUCAUCCACAACAGCCCUCUGAAAUCUCAUGGAAACUUAAAACCUACAAACUGUCUGGUAGACAGUCGCAUGCAAAUCAAGCUGUGUGACUUCGGCUUGUGGGAACUUAAAUACAGAAGAAAAUCUAGAAUAAUAGAGGAAGAGACGAACUAUGCUGAUUUAUUCUGGACAGCUCCCGAAUUGCUUAGAAUGGAGGAGUAUCCAUUUCAAGGCACCCAGAAGGGUGAUAUUUACAGUUUUGCUAUUAUUAUGAGAGAAUUGAUAUACAAUCAUGAAGAUGGUCCAUUUCAAGAUCAAAAUAAGAGUGCAGAAGAAAUAAUAAAAAGAAUCAAGGACUCUAAGUCUUCUGUUCCAUUGCGACCUUCUAUUUCAAUAGAUAAAUGCAAUUGCAAGGUAACUGAACUUUUGAAGGCAUGUUGGAAUGAAAAUCCAGAAAAGAGGCCAAUAUUCUCUGAGAUAAAGACAGCACUAAGAGACGCCAGCCCUGAUAGCCAUUUUAGUAUCUUGGACAACAUGGUUAAUAAACUGGAAAAAUAUGCAAAUCAUCUGGAAGAAGUAGUUGAAGCAAGAACGACCUUAUUAUUGGCAGAAAAAAAGAAAACAGAAACGCUUUUAUCAACCAUGUUACCUAGUUUUAUAGGAGAACAACUUGUUGCUGGAAGAUCAGUGGAACCUGAAAGCUUUGAAUCAGUCUCCAUUUUCUUCUCAGAUAUCGUUGGCUUCACUAAGUUAUGCUCCUUCAGCUCUCCCUUGCAAGUCGUCACUCUCCUCAAUGACCUAUAUAGUCUAUUUGAUAAUAUCAUUCAAAUAUAUGAUGUCUACAAGGUUGAAACUAUUGGAGAUGCCUACAUGGUGGCUAGUGGUCUCCCCAUUCCCAAUGGGGAAAAACAUGUUGAAGAAAUUGCCACUAUGUCUUUGCACUUUCUCAGUGCAAUUAUAUCAUUCAAAAUCAGACACUUGCCUAAUGAGAAAUUGAGGGUGCGAAUUGGAAUUCAUACAGGCCCUGUUGUUGCAGGAGUAGUAGGCAUCACAAGGCCACGCUAUUGUCUUUUUGGAGACUCUGUGAACACAGCCUCACGGAUGGAAAGCACCAGCUUACCUCUGCAAAUCCAUGUUUCUAAUACCACAGCAAAUGCUCUUCAAAGAAUUGGUGGUUAUAAUUUGGAAGAAAGAGGAACUAUAAGAAUAAAGGGUAAAGGACAGCAAAGGACUUUUUGGCUGAAAGGAAAAGCUGGAUUUGACAUGCCACUACCAGAUUUCAACAGCAAGUUUCAACCACAGCUGAAGGGAAAUGAGGAUGCAGAAUAUGUAGCUAAGGACUUUACUUGA